AUGCGCUUCUCAUCAUUAUUCACAUUCACAGCAUUGCUUAUUGCGGUCUCCGCUACACCAGCUCCAAAGUGGGCAGCCUUGGCUGCAAAACGUUCAAAUCUCUCCCUUAAGAAUCGUGAUGAUUAUGAUGACGACGGUGACGGCGGUGAUGACUACGAAUAUACUACCGAUCCCUACGAUGGGUACACCGAUAUUGACCAAUUCUACACAGAUUACGAUUUCUACACAGAUGACGGUUUCUACACAGAUGACGGUUUCUACACAGAUGACGGUUUCUACACAGAUUACGGCACACAUGACGGACUCUACACAGAUGAUGGUAUCUACACUGAUAUUUCUGCCUUUAACGAGUACACUGAAGGCUACGAAACACCAUCUUACAACACAGAUAUUGAGUCAAUACAUUAUACUCCGGACUCUACGGAAGUUUCGACGUCUAGAUCUGAGUUACUUACUACUGUGAAGCCUUCUGCUGUUAUGCCAGUCUCAACUUCUGCUAGUUCGGCUGCAAAUCUGAGUGGAUCUCCUACCAGUACUCCUACACCGGUUGUUCCUGCCAGCACUCCUACUCUGGCUGUUGCUACCAGUGGCACUUCGGCUCAAAGUGUGACCACCACACAAGUUAAGCCCUCCCCUAGUGGGGCCAAACCAUCGGGAAACCAGCCACAACUGACUCCUACAAACACUGGUGGUGCUGCAGGCUUACUGAGACAAUACUUGGUCAUAGGUACUUUCUUGUAUAGUUUCUCAUUUUUUAUGUUUUGA